AUGGCUUUUCGCUUACCUCUUCACCGUCUCCCCGAACAAAAUCUGCGGACUAUACCUAGAUCUGCCCACAGCUCUCGUAACAUCAGCCUGGGCACCCGCAGGAAUCUUACCUCGGCUGCGCUCCGCAAAUGUGUCAGGAAUGCUAACAGGCCUGCUUCUGGUGUACCACAGGUUCUGGGGGCCAAUGUCUUUCGAUCUAGUUUCGCUCCCCUUGGCGGCUAUCAGAUUCGCACCUAUGCGGACACCAUAGUUAAAGUUCCUCAGAUGGCAGAAUCUAUCACCGAGGGUACUUUGAAACAGUUCUCCAAACAGGUCGGGGAUUAUGUUGAGAGAGACGAAGAAAUAGCAACAAUCGAGACCGAUAAGAUUGAUGUGUCGGUCAAUGCUCCUGAAGCGGGAACCAUCAAAGAGCUUCUCGUAAACGAGGAAGACACCGUUACUGUUGGACAGGAACUGGCAAAGUUGGAGCUGGGAGGUGCGCCUGAGACCAAAACGGAGGAGGCAACCGAAAAGCCGAAGGAGCCCGCACCUGCAGAAGAAUCCAAAGCCCCCGAGCCAGAACAGCCCAAGACCGCAAAGGCCUCUUCAGUCUCUGAAAAGCCUGCCGUAUCUGAACCCGGACCUUCCAAGCAGCCACAGCCCGCUGCCUCUAAGCCAGAAUCUCGCGAUGAUGCUAAGCCGAGCCCUGGAAAUCGCGAAGAGCGAAGGGUGAAAAUGAACAGAAUGAGACUGAGGAUAGCUGAGCGUUUGAAGCAAUCUCAAAACACGGCCGCUUCCCUGACUACAUUCAAUGAGGUGGAUAUGUCUUCUCUUAUGGAGUUUCGGAAGUUAUACAAGGACGAUGUGCUUAAAAAGACCGGUGUUAAGCUCGGCUUCAUGAGCGCGUUUUCUCGUGCUUGUGUUCUGGCUAUGAAAGACAUCCCGGCUGUUAACGCGUCGAUCGAGGGGCCCAAUGGUGGCGAUACCAUUGUCUACCGUGAUUACGUCGAUAUAAGUGUCGCUGUCGCCACUGAGAAGGGCCUUGUAACGCCAGUAGUGCGCAACGCCGAAACCAUGGAUCUUGUUGGAAUUGAGAAGGCUAUUGCGGAUCUCGGAAAGAAGGCUCGCGACAAUAAGCUGACCAUUGAGGAUAUGGCGGGUGGCUCUUUUACCAUCAGCAACGGUGGCGUCUUUGGAUCCCUCAUGGGUACGCCGAUCAUCAACCUACCACAGACAGCUGUUCUUGGACUCCACGCCAUCAAAGAAAAGCCAGUUGCUGUGAAUGGCAAGAUUGAGAUACGCCCUAUGAUGUAUCUUGCUCUAACCUAUGACCAUCGCCUUUUGGAUGGCCGGGAGGCUGUUACUUUCCUAGUCAAGGUUAAAGAAUACAUUGAGGAUCCUCGCCGCAUGCUUCUUGGCUAA